AUGUUCGAAUCAUUGAUGGCAAUUUUUGGAAUGAUAAUUAUUUAUCAUGUGAAUUAUAUGGAAAGUCGUCAUAGUAUUGCAUAUGUACUUGUACCAUUGUCAUCUGAAAUUGCAGUGCGCAUGGGUUUAAAAUCAAAUGGUAGUGAAAUAUUCAUUCCAUGCUCGAAUUGUUUUUUCAAAUUUAAUCGACUUCGAAAUACACUCAUACAAUAUUAUAAUCGACCAUCAUUUGGUGAAACAUUACAACCUUGCAGUUGUUUUGAUUAUGUGAAAAAAUUUUUCACAAAGACUAAACAAUUAUCUCUGAUAACAAUAUCACAUAAUAUUAUCAAAAUUGAUAUUGGCAUAUAUUAUGGGGUAAUGAAAACGGAUCGAUGUCGCUUAGAUUCAAUUAAAUCAGCGCGUACAGUUAAUGGAUUACAAUUAGCUUUGCUAAUGAGAUGUUCAUGA